AUGGACUCGCACACAGAACUCAACAGAACGCAGAGGAGACGGGCUUUGGAGGAGCUCAGGAGACAGCUGACCAUGGAGCGGCUGGCCACGCUGAGGGCAUCCAACCCUGUCAUCCCACUGGCCACCGAUUUAGACAUUGUGGAAGCUGCAAAGCAAGAACAGGAGGAGGACUCUUUAGAUUCACGGCUAGAGGAAGAGGAAGAGGAGGACGUGGGCUGCGAAGAUGAUUCCUGCCACUGCCAAGCGGUGAUCCUGAGGCUGCAGAAAGCUGUGCAAGAGAGGGACGAGGCCCUGACCAAGAGCGGCGAGACCAUCCAAUCCGUUAGAGAGGACAACCUGAAGCUGACCUCUGAACUGAACAGAGCCAGGAAGAGGUACGGGCUACUGAGAAGGCAGACGGCGAGGUCAGCAAAGAGGUCCAGGUUUCAGGCCGAGCAGUCUCCUCCUGGGUCAGACACGGAACAAGAGGAACUGCACCAGGACCAAGCCACGGGUUCAGGGUCCCGGACAGAGGAGGCCACGGCGUCCGGAUCUAGCAGCCAAAUUCCCCUCCCGGGCUCUGCUCUGAGUGUGUUUAUGGAGGGAUUCAGGAAGACCUGUGAGGGCCCCAAUCCAAACGAUAAGCUGAAGGAAAAUUGUGACGCGAAGUUCAAGAGGGUUCAGCAAUUUGUGAUGUACAUGGCAAAGGACGAGAUUUACCCUUCCACUCUCGCUUUCCUGAAAAACCAUGACAAGAUGAGGAGAUGGGUUCAGACCCUUCAGAAGAACAAGGACAUCACCACGGUCACCAACUACACCUUGACUAUCGGUGCAUUUCUUCAAUACGCCGAGGAGACCCCCCCACCUGGCUGCCGGCUGACCAGAAACCAAUGGAGUGGGAUCAACCGGGUGAUGAAGGGAGCAGCUUCACCAGGCCAAGGUCAAAAAUGUACUCCAGAACGCCGACAGGGAAAGUUUGGCCAACUUCAUGCGCCACGACAUCCAGAUGGCAGACAACUUAGAUCCGUCCCAAGCCAGCGAAACCAGUGCCCUCCUCGAGGCGGCGUUGAAAGUGGAAGAUACCACGGUCGGCUCAGAGAACCAUCCCUCCCCUCCAGGCGAGAGAGGACGACUCCCCCUCCGAGCGGAGCACCACCCCUGAAGAGACCAAGGUGCAGCACCAGGAGUCUGCCACGUCCGGAGCACCACCCCUGAAGAGACCAAGGUGCAGCACCAGGAGUCUGCCACGUCCGGAGCAC